CUUAGCUGGAGCUGAGUAUAUUAGAUGGUGAACGUUUAGCGUUCUGGUACACUUGGGUUAUUCUCUACCACAGCCUACAGCCAACUGUCAAGAUGAAACUUGCCAUCGCCAUCGCCGUGCUCAUGCUUGUGUUCGCUGCACACACAGAAGCCCAGGAGGAGCAAACUAUUGAGCAGCGUUUUGCCACCUUCCAGACCCAGGUGAAGGAACUGACCGAUGGUCUGGCUGAGAAGACCAAGACUACUCUAGAGCAGAUUCAUCAGAGCGAGUUUGCCACCAAAACCAGGGACUGGUUCACUGAGCAGUUUGAGAAGGUCAAGCAGAAGGUGGAUGAGACCUUCCCCAAGGACCAAUAAGCUCCUGAUCUCUCGCCCUUUAAUGACCUUUCGGACUUCCUGUUCCGCCGUUUACAAGGCUCAUCAUAUGGAAAACCCUCAUGUUGUGGUCACAUCCCACUCUAGGUGAAGAGAAACCAUUGAUCUGAGUGUCAUUUCUGGAUCUUGCCCAGUACAGAAACAAUACAAAUGUGUCCGAAGUUAGUUGAAUGUUAACAAUAAAAAAAAAACAUGAAUAAUA